UGAACAAUAGGUAGAAAGAAUAAAUAAAUAAGAGGGAAAUUAUUUUUAUUUUUAUUUUUAUUUUAUUUUAUUUUUAGAAAAGAUGAAUAUGGGUGGCGGAGCAGGCGUCGCCGACGAAAGUAGCACCACCUCCGCCGUCGCGCAGUUGAGCCACGCUGUGUGGCUACGGUACCAGCAUUUGCUGGACAAGUCUACGCCGCUGGUGCUGUAUCGCUGGAUCUUCUUGGGGGCGAUCGCCUUGAUAUACGCGCUGCGCGUCUACUUCAUCCAGGGUUUCUACAUCAUCACGUACGGGCUGGGGAUCUACAUCCUGCAGCUUCUGAUCGCGUUUCUGUCGCCGCAGGUGGAUCCAGAGAUCCAGGAAUUGACUGAUGGCCCCGCCCUCCCGACGCGCGGCUCCGACGAGUUCCGCCCCUUCGUUCGUCGCCUCCCUGAGUUUAAGUUUUGGCAUUCACUUGCAAAAGCAUUUUGCGUUGCUUUUGUACUGACAUUUUUCAGCGCCUUUGAUGUGCCUGUAUUUUGGCCUAUUCUGCUGUUCUAUUGGUUGGUUCUGUUUGUUUCCACAAUGAAGCGGCAAAUAAUGCAUAUGAUUAAGUAUAAAUAUGUUCCUUUCACAUUUGGGAAGCAGCGUUACGACAGGAAGAAGGCAGCUCCCACUACCGAGACAAACACUAGCAGGCCAUAAUUCUUCAGAUUGAUGCGGGCCUUAAUCCUGAAGAUACCGUUGAUUUUGAGAGUUACAAUCACUUUUUUCUAAGUAUUGUAAUUUUUAGCAUUCCAUGUGUAGGAAUGAAUUGGCUAGCAGCUUCUUUAAGAUUUUUUUACACUUUGUUUAAUUUAGCAGCUACUACUGUUAUUUUAUCUGAUUGUUUUUAAUUUUUUUACUUCAUAGUCAUGCCUUUGAAUUACAUGUUUUCGAUUACCUGCAUUUCUAUGCGCUACACUGUCUGUAAGUUCUGUAAUAUCUUAAGAAAGCUUGCUUUAUAUUGCGCA